AUGGACCGCGCGCCGCGGCGACGGCGGGAGCCUAAACAGGUAAAUAGGCGCGGGCCUUUCGUCAGGCAGCGUCGGUGGCUCAGUCCGUCGUUGUGUCGAGGGGGAGGCCUGCUCGUGGCGGCGGCGGUGGCGGCCUUAGACGAGAGUGUGAAAGGUAAACGAGAUAUUCACAACCCCUUGGAUCAUCAUUUCAGAGAUGGUUCUGUUCCUAAAGUACGUCAGGGGAAAAAAAACAGUAAAAGCAUUGAUAAGCUAUUCAGUUUUGAUCUAGAACUAGACUCCCAACUUCGGGAACUUUAUUUAUCAGGCAAAUGGACAACUGGAAAAUUGAACUUCCCAUUCUGUGAGGCUUGUCUUGAAGAAUAUAACUUUAUCAGUAAUACAGCAUGUUUAUGUGGACAGUUUACAGAUAUUCAUCUUUGUAAAAGACAAACUGAGUGCCAGAUAGCUACUAGAUUACCAAAAUCACAACUGAAGCACUUGUCACUUUGUAAAUGCCAUUUUGAUUCUAGUAAAGAAAUACACAAGAGUGCUACAAGUGGAAUUCUGAGAGCUGAAAAUCAAAGAGUUCCAUAUCUGGCUAAAAGUAAUGACAGUAUUGGAAGAUUAAUGGAGGCACUUUGCCUAGAGUUGAGAUCAGCUAACUUUGAGAUGAAUAAUAAAAAACUAUGCUUCAAAGUGUCUAAUCUAAAAGCAAGUAUUUCAGCUUCACUGGCUCAGAAUGACGGAUACACUGUAAAAGCUUUUCAUAGAAUACCACAGAGUUUGAGAAAGAGGCUUGUCUUGCUACCCACUUUAUAUGGAAUAUCCACAAUUGAGAGACCUGUUUUCUCUAGGCAACAUGAAACACAGCAUUUUAACUCAAAAGAUUGUUUACCACUGAAAUCCAACAAAGUACAUAAUUAUUUUCAGUUCCAACUUGAAUCAGAUACUACCAAGCUUUCAAAGAAUUUUUCAGUUACGUCUUACAGAAUAUUAGCACAAGAAGAAACUGGGUUUAAUCCUGUUUGGAAAGCUUCAAAAAGUUAUCUUGAGAGUGCUGUUAUUGAUCAACAGCUGUUUUUACCUUCAUCAAAGACUAUUGCAAAAGAAAAUACUCUCCAGCUGCAUAUCAUACCUUUUUAUCUUCUUCAGCCCUUCACAACUAUUGAUCAAGAGUUGUACAAGAAAAAAAGAAACCAGUUGAACAAUUUGGAGAAAAAACAUAGGUGGCAAGACCAGACAAUGAAUACAAAAGAAGAAUAUGAACACAGAAAAGAUAAGGAAAGUUACCUAUGUGCAGUUUGCUUGGAUAUCUACUUCAAUCCUUACAAGUGCUACCCAUGCCAUCAUAUUUUCUGCGAACCUUGCUUACGUAUGCUUGCCAAGGAUAAUCCAACUAGCACCCCAUGUCCUCUCUGCCGUACUGCAAUUACCCAUGUUUUUUUUCAAUCAGAACUGAACAAUUCCACAGAAACUUUCUUUCCAAUGGAAUAUUCAAAAUUAAAGGAAAAUUUUCAAAAAUCAAAUUUAGCAAAUUGGCCUCUCCCCAGUUGCAAAAAAGUAUUCAGAGUUAUUGAUGCAGGUUUACAGAGUACAGACUCCUUUACACGGAGGCAUUUUCCACAUGCUGCCCACAGAAUGGAUUAUAUGGAUUUUGAGGACGAUAGCCGGGGUUGGCGAUUUGACAUGGACAUGGUGAUAAUCUACAUUUAUGCCAUCAACUGGGUCUUGGGAUUUAUCGUGUUUUGUUUUCUUUGCUAUUUUUUCUUUCCUUUUUAAGGAUUUCUGUUCCCUAUUUUGUAUGUAAGUGGUAAAACAAAAUAGAGACAAUUCUGGAUUAAAGAAUGCAGAUGAUGUACAAUCGUAGCUCUCCUGUAUAACAGUGAUAAAGCUGCACAACAAUAAUUCAUUUUGUUUUUUGGGUUUUCUAAUUUUUAUUACAUUUUGAAAUGAAAAAACAUUUGCAUAUUAAAAAUGCUAGAUUGCUUUUUCUAAUACCUGUUAAGAUGGCCUGGUGCUUUGAGUCUGUAUUUGCAAUCUGUACAUAAACGUGGGUAGUUUCAUGAAUCAGUAUUCAUAGAGCAGUGAAUCUUUACUGACUACCUUCAACUUCUACCUGGUAUGUAUAAAAUAAAUAUACAAACUAUUACCUCACACUUAAUGGUUUCUGUAGAGAUAGUUCACAUAUUAACUGCUUACGUUCAGUUGAAAUAUUUUUUCUCUUCAGCUUUGGAAUUCAGUGUGAUGUUUUUAUAUCCAGUACUUAUUGCAUAUAAUGGUCAUGUUGAGUCUCAGCUUUCCACCUCUUGAAAUCAUUUCAGGAGUUUCAUGAAAGAUUUUUUUGUAGUAAAAUGUAUUAUGUACUUUAAGAUAUAUGGGAUAUGACUUGGGAGAAAUUUGUUAGAGAAAUGUAUACAGUGCCUAUGGUGGUCAAUAUUUCAACAGAGACAAUUAGACAUCUUUUUAUUUGUGGAUGUCUGUGAAAUUCCUCAAAAGACUCAUUGGUUUGCCUUACUGAUCAACAGUGUUUAUGCUAAGAGCUGAUGUUAAAUAAACAAAAAUCAGAUUUAAAAUUUUCUACCUAUGUAUAUAGAAUCAAGAAUAAUUGAUUCCUGUACAAAGGAGAAGGAAGGAAGGAAGGAAAACCUACAGCUUUAAGUCUGUAUAUUUUACUGUUUCUAAUGUUUUGUGAUCAUCAACCCACUUUCCCCAAAUGUGGGAAGAUGAGAGGAAAAGAAGAGAGAGAAAAGAGAUGGUCAGAAAGAGAAAGUCAGAAGCACCUCUGAUCCAUGUUGAAAACGUCUGAUUCCUGACUCUUACAUGAUUGUCCUAUAAAUUCUAUUUGUAAGAAACCUUGAACAUCUGACAUCUUGGCGAGCAACCUUGACCUAGCUCUUGGAACUCUGCCUUGGAUUUGGACUAUUCUUGUGCGUGCACCUAUUGAAAAUUAACUCUUCAAGUAAGCUUUUGUUUUGUUACAUUCUUUGUUUCAUGUUUAUCUCUUGAAGUAAAAUUGUUAAUCUCCAUAGCAAUCACGUUUAAGUGUGUGUGUUUGAAACGUAAAGCAAGGCGCAAGAUUACAGUCUGAUUCAAAAGUUGAAACCAGAAGUUAGUGAAAAUCACUGGGAGUCUGCUUUGCCUGCAUUUCUGGGGAAAACCUAAGUUUAGGGUUAUGGAACAGAUUUUCUCCAAUAGUCAUCAACUUCUUCACUUCUGGAACAGUUUCCAUCCCCCAAAAGGCUACAGAGUGAUACCAUUUCCAACUGCAUUGAGUAAAAUAUGAAGUUUAAUUAAUUAAUGUAUAAUUAUGCAGUGUGUUUUAUUUUAAAAAAAUCUUAAGAAGAUUAAAGUAAAUUGUGGAAAUACUCUUAAUAGUUCUGAACAUCCUGAAUUGGCUCUAGGAGUUGGAGAUGAUAAGUGUCAGCCUUGAAGUAUUAAUAAUUGAAAAUCGUACCUGCAGUUGAUUAUAUGUACAUGUUGGGAUCACAUUCUUGAUUGCUUCAUAUAUAAGUAACAAUUCUCUAAAAUUCCUGGCCUAAUUUAUUUUCAAAGAUACAGUGUAAUCUUUCCAUCUGAAUAGUCAUGAUUUUAAGUAAAUGAAGUUUAUCUAUGAAUUCGCAUCUCUAAAAUACUUGUUUAUAGACUCCAAUAAAUACAGUGACUUUCUCAAAUGUCUGAAUCCAGAGGAUUGGAUAUAUACUGUAAUCAUAAUCAGUAUAAAAAGUUCUUAAAUUACAAUGGCAAGAAUUGACUUUUGGAUUCAGGUGUAUGUUACUGAACAAUUGGGAAUAUUACUUUAAAUUUGAGGAAAGCCAGAAAUUUUAGUAGUAGAAAUGGGAAUAGUAUUGAUAUAUUUUUAACUCUGUGAUUUUUUUGUAAAUACAAUUCUGAAAUAUUUAGGCUUAAGUCUGUUUGUUAAGUAAACUAUCAUAAAUAUGCUGUUAAUAUACUAGUGAGCCUUCUGAGACUUGGUUUAAUUUUUGGAAUAAUUUUUAUCUUGGUUGUAUAUUUUUAUCUAUAAGGUUAUGGUGCUUAUAGUAACUUUUAAAUUUUAAUCCUCAUUAAGAGUGUUAUUGUAUGUUUGAAGCAAUUAAACUAAAAAAUUUUUGUAAACAUAUAGUUUUAAUUUUCAUUUUUUAUGCAUAGAGAACUAAGAAGGAGGUGUUUUUCAUAUAAAGUAAAAAGAUUUUACUGAUAUGGAAGCUCUACAUGAAAAAUUAAGGAGUUCAACAAAUUUAAUUGUAAAUUUCCCAUUGCAUAUAUGCUUUGCAGCACUAAUCCAAUAAUAUCAAUACAUAGCAAUGAUUACAGUGCAAUACUCUUUAACAUUUUUUUUUCUGUUCAACCAUGUCUGAUUCUCAGAGACUGCCAAUGCAUCUAUAAGUGUGUAGGGAUGUGUGUAUGUGUGUAUAUCCAUGCUUUCAUUAAGACUGUAUUUGAGAGUUACAGUUCGUACUAUGUCCUGGUGAUCGUUGGCUAGAACUUUGAGCUGCAUCCAAUGUUGAUCUUCCAUUAUUAGAUUAUAAUUAUUGAACAAACAUAAUUUUUAAACAUCUCAUCACAUAUGUACAAACUCACAUGUGCAUAAAUGUAUGGCUAAUAGUGAAACAGUUGAACAGUUAAUAUAAUAAAAAAUAAUAAAAUGGCAUGUAUGAAG